AUGGGCGACACUCCGUUAGCGUCGCUGUCUCUGACACACGUUCAUUAUAAUCCCGAGGAUCCCCUGUCACUGGUGUCGGCGUGGCUGGCCUUGCUGCCACAAGCACUAUGUGUCUCUUAUGCAACCUUAGUGUGGGCCUCGAGGGAGGUGGAGGUCGUCUUGAUGUUUGGAGGCCAACUAGCCUGUGAGGCGUUGAAUUUUGUGCUCAAGCGGCUCAUCAAGGAAGAGCGACCGCGAGAAAUGUUUGGCAAAGGCUACGGCAUGCCAUCCUCGCACGCCCAAUUUAUGACCUUCUUCUCGAUUUACCUUACCCUUUUCCUGGCGUUUCGACACACCCCGGCCUACGCUGGGCCCUAUCCCUACUGUGGCUUCUUGCUUCGCGUGGCCGUUACAGUGGGUCUCUGGGCUGCUGCUGUCAGUGUCGCUGCGAGUCGAAUUUACUUGAAUUACCACACUCCUAAACAGGUGCUGGCAGGCUGUGGGGCCGGUUUCGUGUUCGCCUGCGGUUGGUUCAUAUUAACCAGCCUGCUACGGAAUUUGGGCUGGAUCGAUUGGGCCGUAGAACUUAGGGCAUCACGUUUGCUGCGCGUCCGUGAUUUGGUCGUCAGUGAAGAUCUGGCCGAGGCCGGCUGGCAACGAUGGGAAGGCCAGAGGCUGAAACAGCGCCUUGGUGAAGCGCGUAAGGCGGAGUGA